AUGCCCAUGCACAGGAUUCAGUACGGUAAGGUGAUCCAGCUGCAAGUGCCAGUGUCAGAGCCGCGGUGCUUGCUGUUUGCAGAGGAGGACGACCACGCGUUUUUUGUGGCCGGCGGCAUGCUCGACGUCGGCGCGCCUAUCGCCGUGUCGGUCGUCUGCAUUAGAGAGGGGGCGUCCCCACCGCCGCACUACACGAUCAAGGUGUGGGCGAAUGGCCCGCCGGGGGAGCCCAAAGGCAGGACCGACGUUGUCAAGGUGGAAAUCGAGGUGACAAGAAGCAAGGAGCCCGUCGCCGUAGCCGUGCAGGAGCUGACCUUCUACACAUGCAAGGGAGGGCACAUGGCCUGUGCAGACUGCUGCGGCGAGCGCCUCGGGAACCAGCGACAGUGCCAGAAGUGCGAGCGCGGUGGCGGCUUCAACAUGCGGAACACGACAAUGGACGUUGUCCUCUCCUCGGUGAGGGUGCGGUGCCUGCACGAAGGCUGUGGUCUCUACAUCACUUACCACAAGCUCACCAAUCACCAGAGUGUGUGUCCGCUCGCGCCCCGCAAAUGCCCGUGCCGUCUGCGGCUAUGA